UUCGGCGCUCUCGGAGCUCGCCCGCCCGCAGCUCAUUCUGGCCUCGGCUCGGGCCCCGGCUGCGUCCGCCGCACGCAGGCUGCACGGCCCCGGCGCGCCCGCGCUCCGACCGGCUCUCGGCGCGUCGCCGGGUCGUCUGCUCGCCCGGCACUGCUCGCCCCAGUUCCCAGGAGCUGGGGUGCAGAUGCUGCCGCUGGUCCUGGUGGGCGCCGCCGCUGCCGCUACCGGCUUUUCCCGUACUGGUCGUUGCCUCCGCUCCCGCAGCUGCCGCUGCUGCCGCCUGUGACUCGCCCCCUCCCCUUUCUUUCUUCUCUUUUAGCCUCCGUCCUCUUUCUCCGGGUGUGCGCGCGCGCCGGUGGCACGGUUGGCUUUGGCCGGAGCUCGCUCGCGUGUGCGCGUGUGUGAGUGUGCGUGUCUGGAGAGCGCCAGAGCCCUGCUCGCUCUCGGGGAGUCGAAGAAGAUACAGGACCGACGAGGCGGCGGCGGCGCGAAGCCCGGGGCCGCGCAAUGAAGCUCCCACAUGCUCGCAGCUGCCCGGCCCGGCCGGCGAGCUAAUCAGCCACACUCCGGGCUCUGGGCUCCCCGGCCCCCGGGACGCAGCCCUCGGCUGCCCGGCGCCCGCUCCGCCCGCGCGUCCCCGCUGUGCACCCGGGAAGGAGUUUGUGUGGCCCUGGCUCCAGCUCUCUGCGCAGGUUGCGGACUCGAGAGGAGACCCUCGGCGGGGAGACAACCUCGGGAGGAGGAGGAGGAGGGUUUGGCGGAGAAGAAGCCACCCCUGGCCCUCGCGGCUCCCCCUACCUUUUCCCUCGCUCCCGCACUCAGCCGGAAAGGGGAGGACGAGGAAGAAAAAGAAAAAGAAAGGGGGUGGGGUGGGAGAACUGGAUAUAAAGAUCGGCUGGGGGGAUGGUGGAACAUUUUUGGUCUCUCCAGAAGCGUCUUUUCUUAAGCGGCAGCGGCAGCGGGAGGAAAAGCAGCCCCAGCUAUGACUGCCGCAUGUUAAUAGCUGCCGCUUGGGUCCCUCGGCUGCUGCUGGAGACAGAGCCUGACUCCGAAGUUGUGCAACUGUGGACUGGAAGAGACAUUUGAACCCUCCACCCCCUUUGCUCCGUUUUUACCCCCUUGGUGUGUGUGAAGAGAGGAAACGUAAAGGAAGACAAACAUUUGGAUUUUGCUCCCCCCCCCUUCCCUUUUCUUCAUGGCUGUGUAGCAGAAGAAAGGGGGAAGGAAAGACUUUUUGUUGUUUCCUUGGCUGGGGUCUCUACCCUCCUGCUGCCUUCUCUGCGCUUUGGCUAUCAUUCUUGGACGCGUGCGGUGGGGGUGUCUUCGCUGGGGCCGCUCGGUCUUUUGCCCCGAGCUCCAUGGCUGGAUUGUGGAAACUGCACCGGGCUGCAGGUUGUUGACCAACUGAUGGGACGAUCUCAGGGACCGGCGGUUACGAAAGAAAUGUUUAAAUGUUCAGUAAAUCGGAGGAAAAAAACAUGGAUUUUUAGCAACUGAAGAGCAAAUUAAGGAUUCAGAUUUGGGAUAUUGGUGUUUCUGUUUUGAAGAAUAUUUCCUUUUGAGCUUUUUUUUUUUUUUAAUCAUCGGUCUUGGACUACAGAAGAAUCAGAAAGACACUUAUUUUGUUUCAAGUUUGGAACACUCACUCUUGAGGCGCUCUCAUGCCUGAGAACAUGACCAUGUGGCCAUCACAGCUACUAGUCUUCAUGAUGCUCUUCGCACCGAUAAUUCAUGGUGGCAAGCACAGUGAGCGACAUCCAGCCCUUGCUGCUCCACUGCGACAUGCUGAGCGCAGCCCAGGAGGCGCUCUACCUCCCAGACAUCUCCUUCAGCAGCCAGCUGCGGAGCGCGCCACUGCUCAUCGUGGACAAGGGCCCCGUGGAGCUGCCAGAGGAGUUCGUGGUCCAGGUGCCCAAGGAGCUCAGAUCUCAGCCCAAGCUUUCAGCCGUGCCCCAAUUCCGAUGGCUGUGGUCCGCAGAGAGCUCUCCUGUGAGAGCUACCCCAUAGAACUCCGCUGUCCAGGAACAGAUGUCAUCAUGAUUGAAAGUGCCAACUAUGGGAGGACUGAUGACAAAAUUUGUGACUCUGACCCUGCUCAGAUGGAGAAUAUACGAUGCUAUCUGCCUGAUGCCUAUAAGAUUAUGUCUCAAAGGUGCAAUAACAGAACCCAGUGUGCAGUGGUGGCAGGUCCCGAUGUUUUUCCAGACCCAUGUCCGGGAACCUAUAAAUACCUUGAAGUGCAGUAUGAAUGUGUCCCUUACAAAGUGGAACAAAAAGUUUUUCUUUGUCCUGGACUACUAAAAGGAGUAUACCAGAGUGAACAUUUGUUUGAGUCCGACCACCAAUCUGGGGCAUGGUGCAAAGACCCUCUGCAGGCUUCUGACAAGAUUUAUUAUAUGCCCUGGACCCCCUACAGAACUGAUACCCUGACUGAGUACUCAUCCAAGGAUGACUUCAUUGCUGGAAGGCCAACUACAACCUACAAGCUCCCUCACAGGGUGGAUGGCACAGGAUUUGUAGUGUAUGACGGAGCUUUGUUCUUCAAUAAAGAGCGCACCAGGAACAUAGUAAAGUUUGAUUUGCGGACUAGGAUAAAGAGUGGAGAGGCUAUCAUAGCAAAUGCCAAUUACCAUGAUACCUCCCCUUACCGUUGGGGAGGCAAAUCUGACAUAGACCUGGCAGUGGAUGAGAAUGGGCUAUGGGUAAUCUAUGCAACAGAACAAAACAAUGGUAAAAUUGUCAUUAGUCAGUUGAACCCUUACACCCUGCGGAUUGAAGGGACAUGGGAUACUGCAUAUGAUAAAAGGUCAGCUUCCAACGCAUUUAUGAUAUGUGGGAUUCUGUAUGUGGUCAAAUCUGUAUAUGAGGAUGAUGACAAUGAGGCCACAGGGAAUAAGAUUGACUACAUUUACAACACCGACCAAAGUAAGGAUAGUUUGGUGGAUGUACCCUUUCCCAAUUCAUACCAGUACAUAGCAGCUGUGGAUUACAAUCCCAGGGACAACCUUCUUUAUGUAUGGAAUAACUAUCACGUCGUGAAAUAUUCUUUGGAUUUUGGACCUCUGGAUAGUAGAUCAGGACAGGCACAUCAUGGACAGGUACCAUACAUCUCUCCACCAAUUCACCUUGACUCUGAGCUAGAAAGACCCCCUGUUAGAGAUAUCUCUACCGCAGGACCUCUUGGCACGGGAAGCACCACCACCAGUACCACCCUUCGGACCACAACUUGGAACCCAGGCAGGAGUACCACCCCAUCGGUGUCAGGAAGAAGAAACCGGAAUACCAGCACCCCAUCUCCAGCAGCUGAGGUACUUGACGACAUUACCACACACCUUCUGUCAGGAUCGUCCCAAAUUCCAGCUCUGGAAGAGAGCUGUGAGGCUGUGGAAGCUCGAGAAAUCAUGUGGUUUAAGACCCGUCAAGGACAGAUGGCAAAGCAGCCGUGCCCUGCAGGAACUAUAGGAGUAUCAACUUAUCUAUGCCUGGCUCCUGAUGGAAUCUGGGAUCCCCAAGGACCAGACCUUAGCAACUGUUCUUCUCCUUGGGUCAGCCAUAUAACACAGAAGUUGAAAUCUGGAGAGACAGCUGCCAACAUUGCUAGAGAACUGGCUGAACAGACAAGAAAUCAUUUGAAUGCUGGAGAUAUCACUUAUUCAGUCCGGGCCAUGGAUCAGCUGGUAGGCCUCCUAGAUGUACAGCUCCGGAACUUGACCCCAGGUGGAAAAGAUAGUGCUGCACGAAGUUUGAACAAGCUUCAGAAAAGAGAGCGCUCUUGCAGAGCCUAUGUCCAGGCAAUGGUCGAGACAGUUAACAACCUCCUCCAGCCACAAGCCUUGAAUGCCUGGAGAGAUCUGACUACAAGUGAUCAGCUACGUGCAGCCACCAUGUUGCUUGACACUGUGGAGGAAAGUGCUUUUGUGCUGGCUGAUAACCUUUUGAAGACUGACAUCGUCAGGGAGAACACAGACAAUAUUCAAUUGGAGGUUGCAAGGCUGAGCACUGAAGGAAACUUAGAAGACCUAAAGUUUCCAGAAAACAUGGGUCAUGGAAGCACUAUCCAGCUCUCUGCAAAUACUCUAAAACAAAAUGGCCGAAAUGGAGAGAUCAGAGUGGCCUUUGUCCUGUAUAACAACUUGGGUCCUUAUUUGUCCACGGAGAAUGCCAGCAUGAAGUUGGGAACAGAGGCUAUGUCCACCAAUCAUUCUGUUAUCGUCAAUUCCCCAGUUAUUACAGCAGCAAUAAACAAAGAAUUCAGUAAUAAGGUUUAUUUGGCUGAUCCUGUGGUGUUCACUGUUAAACACAUCAAGCAGUCUGAGGAAAACUUCAAUCCUAACUGUUCAUUUUGGAGCUAUUCCAAGCGCACAAUGACAGGUUAUUGGUCAACCCAAGGCUGUCGGCUCCUGACAACAAAUAAGACACAUACUACAUGCUCUUGUAACCACCUAACCAAUUUUGCAGUACUGAUGGCACAUGUGGAAGUUAAGCACAGUGAUGCGGUCCAUGACCUUCUUCUGGAUGUGAUCACAUGGGUUGGAAUUUUGCUGUCCCUUGUUUGUCUCCUGAUUUGCAUCUUCACAUUUUGCUUUUUCCGUGGGCUCCAGAGUGACCGUAACACCAUCCAUAAGAACCUCUGCAUUAGCCUUUUUGUAGCAGAACUGCUCUUCUUGAUUGGGAUCAACCGAACAGAUCAACCAAUUGCCUGUGCCGUUUUUGCUGCUCUCUUACAUUUCUUCUUCUUGGCUGCCUUCACAUGGAUGUUCCUGGAGGGAGUGCAGCUCUAUAUCAUGCUGGUGGAGGUUUUUGAGAGUGAACAUUCACGAAGGAAAUACUUUUACCUGGUCGGCUAUGGGAUGCCUGCGCUCAUUGUGGCUGUGUCAGCUGCAGUAGACUAUAGGAGUUAUGGAACAGAUAAAGUAUGUUGGCUCCGACUUGACACCUACUUCAUUUGGAGUUUUAUAGGACCAGCGACCUUGAUAAUUAUGCUUAAUGUAAUCUUCCUUGGGAUUGCUUUAUAUAAAAUGUUUCAUCACACUGCCAUUCUGAAACCUGAAUCGGGCUGUCUUGAUAAUAUCAACUAUGAGGAUAACAGACCCUUCAUCAAGUCAUGGGUUAUAGGUGCAAUAGCUCUUCUCUGCCUAUUAGGAUUGACCUGGGCCUUUGGACUCAUGUAUAUUAAUGAAAGCACAGUCAUCAUGGCAUAUCUCUUCACCAUUUUCAAUUCUCUACAGGGAAUGUUUAUAUUCAUUUUCCAUUGUGUCCUACAAAAGAAGGUACGAAAGGAGUAUGGGAAAUGUCUGCGAACACAUUGUUGUAGUGGCAAAAGUACAGAGAGCUCCAUUGGCUCAGGGAAAACAUCUGGUUCUCGAACUCCUGGGCGGUACUCCACAGGCUCACAGAGCCGAAUUCGUAGGAUGUGGAAUGACACGGUCCGAAAGCAGUCAGAGUCUUCCUUCAUUACUGGAGAUAUAAACAGUUCAGCAUCACUCAACAGAGGAGCCAUGGCUAAUCAUCUUAUAAGCAAUGCUCUGCUUCGUCCGCAUGGUACUAACAAUCCCUAUAAUACAUUGCUUGGGGAACCGGCGGUCUGUAACAACCCUUCUGUCAGCAUGUACAACGCACAAGAGGGGCUUCUGAACAAUGCCAGGGAUACAAGUGUCAUGGAUACUCUACCACUGAAUGGUAACCAUGGCAAUAGUUACAGCAUUGCCAGUGGCGAAUACUUGAGCAACUGUGUGCAAAUCAUAGACCGUGGCUAUAACCAUAACGAGACCGCCCUAGAGAAAAAGAUUCUGAAGGAACUCACUUCCAACUAUAUCCCGUCUUACCUGAAUAACCAUGAGCGCUCCAGCGAACAGAACAGGAAUCUGAUGAACAAGCUGGUGAAUAACCUGGGCAGUGGGAGUGAAGAUGAUGCCAUUGUCCUGGAUGAUGCCACCUCCUUUAACCAUGAGGAGAGUCUGGGCCUAGAACUUAUUCAUGAGGAAUCUGAUGCUCCUUUGCUGCCCCCAAGAGUUUACUCCACAGAGAACCACCAGCCACAUCAUUACACCAGAAGGCGGAUCCCCCAAGACCACAGUGAGAGCUUUUUCCCUUUGCUAACCAACGAGCACACAGAAGAUCUCCAGUCACCCCAUAGGGACUCUCUCUACACCAGCAUGCCGGCACUGGCUGGUGUGCCCGCCGCAGAGAGCGUUACCACCAGCACCCAGACCGAACCCCCACUGGCCAAAUGUGGUGAUGCCGAAGAUGUUUACUACAAAAGCAUGCCAAACCUAGGCUCCAGAAACCACAUCCAUCAGCUGCAUACCUACUACCAGCUAGGCCGCGGUAGCAGUGAUGGAUUUAUAGUUCCUCCAAACAAAGAUGGGACCCCUCCAGAGGGGAGUUCAAAAGGACCCGCUCAUUUGGUCACUAGCCUAUAGAAGAUGACAGAAAUUUAAGCCAACAAAACUGCUAACACCUGGUUGACUGUUCUGAGUUGAUAUAAGCAGUGGUAAUAAUGUGUGUACUCCUAAAUAUGCUGUUCUUAAACGACAAACACAAACUCUCAGACUUCUUUUUUUUUUUUUUUUAAACUGGGAUUUUUUUUAGGUCAGCCCAGGGGAGAAAGAUCAUUGCUGAAAUUCCCCUGUGCCAGCUUCUUUCCUGUCCUUCCCCCCUCAGAUGGAGACUUCAUUAUGUUAAUGAACGAGAUUUGAAGAAGAUGGCGCUCAUUGUGGCCUUGUUGAAUUAUGUUGUGUUUGUUCUAACAUCUCUGAUGCUCUGUUACUAUAAUUACAAGGACCUGAUUUUUUAAAAGGCCAGAACACUUGUUUGAAAAUUAGUAACAAUGCUGCAUCUAGAUUGGAGUGCUGCACAAACAUAAAAUCAAAGCAAACUAUCACAUAGUGGUUUUUAGUCGCUCACAACCUGAAUUCACCACAGCAGGAAUAGCUGAGGUGUACAAAAUAAAACAACAAAAUCGAUAAUGAAAUGGAGGGGAAUUCUAGAAUUAUAUGCUAAAUGCAUAUUUUAUGAUUUGCUGUAUUAACUGAUGAUAAAACUAAUGGCAGAAAAAAAUUUGAACAAUUCUAUGUAAUGUACAGAUACUAGCAUUGCACAUGUAGUCUGCUUUCUGUUCCUCCAGAAUUUGAGUCCUGUUAAUGUAGUGGAAAAAAAAGAAAUUUUCUUUUUCUUUCGUGCUGGUCUUGCAAGUUUGUCUACCAGUAAGAGAGCAAAGUUUCCUUCCUUUCUUCUUUUUUUCUUCAUUUUCUUUUCUUUCUUUCUUUCGUUCUUUUUUUUUUUUUUUUGCCUUUUUUUUCUUUAAAAUUUCACAUGGCAAAAAAUAAAUAAAUAAAUAAAAUAAAUAAAUGAAGCUAUCACUUUAUAAGAAUCAUUUUCUAGUAAUGCAAACAAAUUAUUUUUUACAAAAAAAAUAAAAUAAAUAAAAUUAGACUUCCUUCCCUCACUAUAUAUCUUUAUUCAGUCAGAAUAUUUCCAAGAACAUUUUUGCAAUUAGAGCAGGAAGAACUUUUCUGUUUACGGUGCACAUCUGUUAUAAUGCAAAACAUAUUUGGCAAGCAGUUCAUCACUAAGAGAGUAGCUAUGAUUCUAGAAGUAAAGAGGUGUCAAUAGAACUAGUGGGGCUUCUGCAUGUGAGAAAUGGUAUCCCAUGGGUGUGAAAGUGCUGAAUGCUCAGUCUGUUCCCCAAGUGGGCACCUGCACUACCAAUUUUUAAAAGAAAUUCACUCCCUCGUAGAAAGAAUUGAAAGGUCAAUUAUUUUGAAGUGAUUUUUUUAAAAACUUCUGUUUAUUAACAGGAAAAUUUAUUUAUUUGACAGGAUUUUAAGUAAUGUAGGAAUACAAGAGGUAAAUUAGCAGCACAUAUAAUUUUUUUUAAAUUUAUGAUCCAUUUUGUAUGGUCUCAAAGUUGGAUGACCUCAUUACUAAUAUUUGUUGUAAAAGUCAAACUUGUUUGCCAACCAAUAAACAACUGAUUGAGAUUUAGAAGAUAUUGUAUUGAUGUAUGUACUAUAUGAUUAAUUAUUCUUUUCAUUUUUCUCGUCUUUCCUUCUGUUCUCAAUAUAUAAACUUUGUUAAUCCUCUGUGGCCCAAAUGAGCCAUGCAAAAGAAAUCAACCUGCUUAAACUAAGCACAAAAUUAUACAGUUUUUGCAAAGUAAUCCAGAAAAAUGGGAUGGGCAUGUUUAUGUUGGCUGAAAUAAGAUGCAUAAUGUACUUUCGAGCAGGUUAAUAUCUAGGUUACUAUGUGCUUAUUUAUAAGCCAACUGCAGUCACAUGGCUUAUUAUAAAUAAGUCAGCUUCAGUCAGAGAUUUCAGUAUUGAACUGGGGAAGGGGGGAUCAUAUUUUUUCCUCCUUUGUAUGCUUCAUUUUGAUGUUGGAUAUUAAAUUCACUCAAUUGGCUAAAAAUGCAAGAAUAAUGGCAAGGAGAAUAUCCAUUUUAUAAAGAUGGUACUAUAAGACAGUUUUUUGCUAAUUCUUUGUUUUUCUAUAUAUGGAUAAAAUGGGAGGGAAAAAGUCCUUUUAAAGAAACUUUCUAGAUCUCCAAUUACUGAAGAAUCUUUACCAGCAGUGUCCAAGCAUGGAGAUCCUCCUAGGGCAAAGUUAGAAUGCAUUUGCCAAAUUGUAAUUUCUGUUAUAUUAUGUGAUAUCUUGGCAAUUUCUUUUUCUUUAUUUUUUCAAAAAAAAUUUAAGCACCAGCCACUUAUAAAUGAAUUUCUUAAGAUUAGAAGGAGUAGUUUAGAGAAUAGCCAGUAAUCUAUACAUACAGUUUUAAAAUAUAUAACAAAAGAAAAAAUUCUGUGCUGGGCCAGAGUACAUCAUAACCUUAAAUUAAUAUCACCUCAAAAUAUCUUACGCACCAUUCCUUUUUAGUCAUUUGACAUAAGUAUUUUUUAAGUCUACAGAUUUUCUCUAAGUUGCAGGAGAACCACAAGCUUUAAUAGUAAUUAGGUUUUCUCAUACCACAUAUGGCAAUAUUAGCACCUGAAAGGUGGUUAGCCUAUCUGUUACAUAGAAUACAUUUGGUAAUGAAAGAAUCCUUUUUAGGCAUGUUUAAGGUAACUUCAGAAACACAAAUGUAGUCUGUGGAUUUAUGAGUAUUUAUGCUAGUUUUGCCAAUCCAACAGUAAUCUAUGUGAAAGCAGCGCCAUCAAUAAGAAGCUAGUUUCACAGAAUAAUGGGGAAACUACCUCAAUUCAGCUUGCUGAUGCUGCCGAUUCUGAUUUUCUGCUAUUGCUACCUCCCUGCCCAUUAUCUUUUGUGUUUCAUUAUAUGGAAAUUUGAAGCCAGUAGCUUCCCAGCUCUACAUAGUCCAAAUUGAAGAAAAUCACUUGAAUACGUAAACUGGUAUGGAAAGCCAUUCAGUCCUGUUAGUUCCUACCAAGUUCUUACAUCAAGAUGAAAGGGUGAGAUUUUUGAACUCGCAUACAUCGUAAUUGGUGUGCUUUCAGCAAGACUUAAGAUCCCAAAGACUUUCACAUGAAGAUAUUAUUCCCCCAAAGUCAAUGUGACUAUAAUGAAAACAAAACUGGAUGAAAGUUAAUUAUGUAUACAUUUCAAUAGAAAUUUGUGUAUGUCUAACAUGUACUCAUUUAGUCCUCUUUACACUAGCAAGGGUUGAAUUCCUGAACUUGAAUCUUUUUUUUACAUGCAUUUUCAUGUGUAGCAACUGAUAAAUUAAUAACUUUAAAAUUUUCUCAUUUUUUUGCCAUUUUGGCUGUCUCUAUAUUUGCAAUACCCUGUGACAUUCAUGACCUUAUUUGCAUAUUUCUGAUGUGUUUGUCUGAUUUUCCAUUAAGAAGUAAAUUUUCAUCAAAUAUACUAUACAUACAUAGCUCAUUAUUUGGAUAGCUGGAAGUAAAAGUUAUGCCAAUGAAACAAAUUAUUAUUUCCAAGUAAAAUAAUAUUUUCAUAACAUUUUACACUUGUUUUUCCCUCUUUGAGGUCUAUUUCACCUGAUACUUUAUUAGGACACUAGCUAACAAACCUCAUGUUAUUUGAUUCAGAAGCUGUUGGAUUGUUGCACAGCUCACAUUCCUAACUGAUAAUAUUUAUGGAGAAAUAUAAAUUUUGUGAAGGAGAAUAGGCUGGAAUUUCAAUUCAAUUUUUGAACAUCCCUCUUCGUUUUCACUCUACUACAAUUAAAAAUACUAUACUUAAAUAAUAAUUGCUAUGCUAAAAUAAUCAUAAUGACAAAAAAGAACUGACAUGAGGACAAUCUUCUUGAGAUAAAAAUAGUGGGGAAAAUGUAGUAAUCAAAUUCAGGUAAUGGAAACCCCUUAACUUCCUGUAAUACAAAUUCACAAUGACUUAAAAUGUAGUUUAUUAUGUGUAUUUUUAAAUUCCCCAUUAAUCUAAAAAUGUUGACAUAUUGAUGAAAGGUCUUUAAAAUUUCAUCUCGUAAUUUUUUAAUAUUAACUUGGUGUGACAUGUUUUCAUAAUAAUGGAGAUAAGCAUGUAAGUGAAUUAGUAAUUUUAUAAAGAACCCAUAGACAUAAAUUUAGGCAAUAUCUUCAGCUUUUCCCCUCAUGCUUGUUCAGAUCCAUUGACUAAUUUGCUUAUUUUUUGAAAAUGGCAUUAAAAACUUCAAAGACUGACAUUUUGCUCAAUUAUAGAGACCAAAAGGGAGAGAAAAAAUAUUUCUUCUGGGUUGUCUAAGGAUCAACUGCAAAUUAAUCAAUCAUCACCUCCUAUUAGUAAAAGAAUAAUUCAUUUUUAGAAGUUGUCCAUCAGUAGUGUACCAAAGUGCUACUUCUUGGGGCAUUCUUCAAAAAACACAAAACACUGCAGAAUUACAAUGCAGUCAAUUAAAAUUUGGAGAGAGAGAAAUUUAGAGAGAGGAAAAAAAAAGAACCCAAACCCUAAUUUGAUUUUGAGCAAUUCUGAAAAUAUUGACAUGAAUGUCCUUUCUUCUCUAACAAAAAUAUUUUAGAUAAAAUAACAAUAUGUAUGAUCUCCCCAGUAUAUUAUAGUAUCAAGGUAUUAAGAAUUAAUUAGUUCAUGUUUAGCAAUUCAUAACUCACCACGUAGAUAAUUCUUAUGCAUUUCUAAGUAAUACUUUAAAUAUAUCUCAUGUUAGAUUUCUGCACAUCAGUAAAUUAGGAACAUGGAAGCACAAGAGUGAAGCAGCAGCUUUGCAAAAUAGUUUAUGGAAGAAUUUUUGUGCAAAUGAAUUCUACAUGAGACGCAUCUUUGACCUUAUAAAAUAGAUUCGGUGGAUCCAAACUGUAAAUUCAAUUUUGUAAUCAGCAAAUAGGUCCUUAUUAAAGCAUCUGGAAAAUAUUGCUAAAUAUCUAAAUUUUCAUUUCUAGACUAGAAGAAGUUAAAGUGUUGGUAGCUGCUUCUUUCCUGCUUAGGCUGUAAGAGGAAUCUUUCCUGUUUACUAAUUAACCUGAUUACUUCUUUGCUUUAAAAGGGAAAUCAAUCUUCAACUUUCACCUAUACACAUACUUACAUACUCCAUUCCUUUUAUUUCCAGCCUGCAAAGGAAAUAGCUUGUUUACAUUAUUGCAAACUUUGUGAUUUUUGCAAUGAAACAGGUAGUUAUGGUUUUGCAUAUUCUCAUUUGAAAUAAAAUUAUUGCUAGUCCCUCUUUUAAAAGUUAAAAGUCAGCACUUCUUUAACAUCUAGGAUCUUUGUUAUUAUUCAAAUGUCUUGAUUUCAACUAUGUUGUGAUGUUUCUUUCUCUCUCUUAAUAUUACAUCACGCAAAUUUUUCUUAAUUUGUGUCCCUUUAGAAUAUUUAUUGCAUUUAGGUAAAUACAAACUAUGAUUUUUAAGAAGGCAUGUGAAAGGAGAACUUUGAUUUGCGUGAAGAAGUCUAGGAAGACUAUACACGGAAAACACCUCUAUUGAGAUAACAAAGUCUUUUCAAUCACAAUAGGAACAGGAGAGCAGAACCAAGUUGGCAAAUUCAUGGUUAGGUAACUGGACCUAAAUUAGAGAUACAGAGAAAAAUUAUCCAGGAUAAAAAUAAUAAAAUUCCUUAGAGUGAUAAAAAUCUUAAACACUGUACCCAAUGCUAUUGAUGUGUUGAAAAAAUAAAAUUGAAGUUUACCAUAUUAUAAUUUUAACCUGCUGAUUCCACAGAAAACACUAAAACACUUUUAACACUCUUUAGGCAUUUCUUGUCUAAGUAUUGUUGCCUCAAUUCACGUUCACUCUCUAAUCUGCUUACUCUGUUGUAUGCCAACGCAGUUAAUGCUACUAGUAGCUUUGUACCUUUUAAAGCUUUACUAUGAAUCUUUCUAAUAAACAUUAAAUUAAUAUUAAAUUGGAAUUAUGUAUGUUGUGCAAAAUAAUUCAUAACCAAGCAAUAGUCAUAGGAUAAUUCAUUAUAUAUAUAUAUAUAUUACUUUGAGACUGAACAAAUAAUUACACUGCUGAAAAUAUUACUCUCAAGUCCUUCUCUCUCUUCAAUUAUUGUAGUCAAUUCAUAAAAUUCUGCAGACAGUUGUACACAUGAUAUGUUAUCAAAGUGCUCCAUAAUCCAAAUGUGUCUAAAAGUAUUCCAAUGCUUCUUUCAUUCUAGAAUGCUAAAGGAAAGAGCUUGAAAGAAGAGAAAGUAAAGCUGUCUUCUAAGUAUCUAAUUUAGAUAAAUAUUGUCAUUCAGAAUGAAAAAUUUUGAAAUGAGAACGUUCCACUUUGUGGUCUGAGGGAGAGGUUAUUAAAGAUUACACUUAGUCCAGUAUUGGAGGAUUUUAAUUUUUUUUUUUUUUUUUUUUUUUUUUUUUUUUGGUGGUACGCGAGCCUCUCGCUGUUGUGGCCUCUCCCAUUGCGGAGCACAGGCUCCGGACACGCAGGCUCGGCGGCCAUGGCUCAUGGGCCCAGCCGCUCAGCGGCAUGUGGGAUCUUCCCGUACCGGGGCACGAACCCGUGUCCCCUGCAUCGGCAGGCGGACUCUCAACCACUGCGCCACCAGGGAAGCCCCUAAAUUUUAAAGAAGUUAAGUUUGUGUCAGUGGCCCAAGACUGCAGAAUUUCACAGUACAUUGGCAAGGAAAUGUGUUUAAAAUCCAUACCCAAAGUGGCUUUUUAAAGGUUAAAAAUUCCUGAUUCUUCUUAAUGUGAAACUGGCAAAAUAGUCCUGGCUUCAAAAUGAAACGUAUUAGUUGACCUAAAAAAAUGGCAAAAUUUAUGAAUGCCAUCAACUCUUUAAUAGUAGGUAGAGGUCUUUGAGGAUGGAACUCAGGAUACACUGACUAGAACAGAGUGUCCUCUUAUGCAGACCACUGCCUAGUCCUCUAGAACAUUUUUAAUGCCUUGAAUUUCAACUUGUCACAAUAUCUUAUGUUUUGAAUGACAUCAUGAAUCAAGAGAUGAGGAAAAAAACAUUUAAAGUUGGUUUUCAUGCCACAUUUGAAAAUAAAGAUUUCCUUUACCAUCCUAAGUAAUAAAAGAUGAUAUGUCUUGAAACAGCUGUGGGCAAUCAGAAUGUUUUCAUUUAUAAACAAGUCUUAUUUGUAUAUUCUAACACUGCUCUUUGCCUAUGAACUACAAAGACAAGAAUUGUAGAAAGGGUCAACUUGAUUUCCCUUAAUGGCUUCUGUGAAUGUAUUGGAAAAUGGAAGGAUAAUUGAAAAAGUUUUUUCAUACUGUUUUCCCACUUGCCAAGCAUUAAAUCUAAUUCAAGAUACAUCUUUUUAAAAAAUGAUAGUUUACUUUAAAAACUAACAACUAAUUAGGCUAUUUCUCAUUGAUAAGAAAAAUCAUUUUUUAGGAGCAAGAAUAUAGCUAUUGCAAGCUUUGGUCUCUUACAUUCUCAUAUAUUACACAUGGCAUUACUCUUACCAUAUACACCCACCAGAUUUCAAUCUAUUGGAUUUUUUUCCCUUGUACAACCUUUCCAACCUCUUUUUUUCCCCCUUAAAUCUUCUGUACAAUCACAUGUAAAGUCAUGAGCUACAAACCUCAAUAAAAAAUAUCAGUGAACAAUAA